AUGAAACCAACCAAUACGGAAGAGGAGCGACAGCGGCCUCCCACGCAUCCCAAAAGCACGACGGUAGCGCCCGAGUCGCGGGAUGCGGGGACGAAUUACACGAGCGGCGUCCCGAACGCAACCUCGGCGGCGGACCCCUCUUCCAACGCCUCGACGUACCCUCCACCACCGCCUCCACCGUAUCCGUUCGCGGUGGAAGAACGGGCCGGACGGGGCGUCCUGUCGUCCGUGGAAAAACGACGACAGCACGUUCGGACCGCCUCGGGAGAGCAAUGGCACGCGGCUGUGCCCGGCGAACGACCGCCUCUCGGAGGCAACGUACCCUUUCAACGAAUGUACAACAGUAUGGCGACACCGCCGGCUCCCAUGAGUAGGACGUCCAGUACGGCGUCGAGUACGGACGAAGCCAAAUCGGCUAGGCAAAAGUUCCAGGACAUUGCUCGGAAGGUCCGAAUGUUGAAUCUCGUCGCUCCGGGCAACGCCCACACCAACCACGGAUUGACCAGUCCGAACGGCAGUACGUCGGGGGGAUCACGGGGACACCGGAAAACGGCCAGCCGUGCGCACGCGUUACUGGACAGUAUCCAAGAAGCAACGGAAGAUGACGAGUCGAGGUCCAACUGCGGGAACGUCUUCUUUGAAGGCGUCGGAGGGGACGCGCUCACGCAGGGCGAAUCUCACUUCUCGGUGGAAGCCACGGAUGCCGAUCGACUCGUCGCCGGCGCGAUACAGGUGGAAAAACUCUUCGCCACGAAUGAUACGGGGUCGACGAGCUCGACGGAAGAACUCCAAGAUGCGGACCACGACGGCGGCGCGUUGCCCGAUUACGAAGAACAAGUGCCCUUGCGGGAUCAUAAUGAAAGAUACGGAUCCCUGGAUGAGUUUAGCAACGGCGGUUCGAAGUAUCCACGCCGGGUCGUUAAAAAACGUACGGACCGGUAUUCUUCAAAACGCCUGCUUCGUCGCAUUGCGAAAAUGUGUCACCCAUUCACUUUGCUGCAAGCCUUGUGGCAUACUAUCCUGCAUUCCUAUUUCGUCACACUAAGCCUACCGGCGUUUGUUGCAGCGUGGGUGGUCUACUAUCAUCUCGGCAACCCCAAUUUGGAGUUUAUGCCCGGGCACGCAUCGGUGGCGUGGUGGCUAAUCUUUGUUGGGCGUCAGUGUAUCACGUUGGAAUUGGCGCGUCUUACCCAAUGGUUACUCGUGGACAAAAUCAUCCUCGGUACCCGGGUGGCCGUCAAGUGUUUGGGACCGUUGCCGACAUUGUACGCCAUUCAGGCCAAGGGUUGGCCAAUUAUGUUGGCCUUAUGGGCCAUUGCCGACCUUUUCUUGCUGCACGGAGACAAUCGCUUCCAACAGCACUGGUUCUACUUUACCGGUAUUUCCAUUUUCAAAGACGCCAAUUCGGGGGUGUACAUUUUAACUUCCCCAACCUACUUGCGCAUGUUGCUUAGUAUGCUGGUGGCAGGUCUCGCGACCGCGGGCAAGCGGACUGCCGUGGCCAUGUACUUUGGACGUCGUACGUUUUCCGAAUUCAAACCUCGACUGGAAAAGAUUUUGCGAGAAGUAGUGUUGCUUUCCGAAACUGCCGAGCUUGCUCAAGAAGCGGAACGGGUAUCCUACGGGGUUGGACAGACCGGGGAAACUUUGGAAAUCGAUUUGAAUCGUCAAGAUAGUCGAGUGCAAUUCAUGGACGACGUUUCGUGGACCACUGAUCGAAAUUUGGUGAAGAAUUCAGGACGGGGAAACGCUAUGGAUGAAUCGAGCGACGAUGAGAGCGAAGAUAGACACAGUCCAGCAAAUUUGAAAAGAAGAAGGAGCGAAUCACUGAACGACGCAAUGAUGGAAAAGACCGAGAGUGGCAGCUUUCGAGUGAGCGACUUGCUCGAAAAUUGGGAAGAGCCAGUGAACAAACUCGACAAGUCUUUGAAUGCGUCCAUUAACGAUAUUUUGAAAUUUCGACGUGCUUUGACAUUUAUGGACGAACAACAUCCCUUUGGGGAUGCCUUCGGUCCUGCUGCAUCACGAAACGAUGUCAUCAGUUCGGCGCAGCAAGUAUAUCAACGCCUUUUGAAAAUGACGCCCGAGAGUAUCAUGCUGAACUGUGACGUCUUCACUAUGUUGGCGGACGAAGACGAGGGGGCUACCACCAACUUGGCCAAGAGGAAGGCCCUACGCAAGCUCUUUCGUCCCGACGCAAACAACGAGCUUUCUCAGUUGGCCUUUAUUCAAUCUUGCGAUUCUCUGUACAAAAAGCUGCGCUUCUUUCGUGCUUCUGUAGGAAACGCCUCGGUUAUUGACCAUGCCCUCGAAACUAUCAUCGACUUUCUCUUCAACUUCAUACUGGCGCUUGCUUUGCUUUCGCUUAUGCGCUUUAAUCCUUGGCCUCUGUUGGUAUCGGUUUCAACAUUACUCGUGUCUGUGUCCUUUGCUGUCGGAUCUAGUGCCAGCAAAUACAUAGAAGGCAUAUUGCUGAUUGCGGCAAGAAGACCUUACGAUCUUGGUGACCGCAUAUACAUGCUGGAUCCGUCUGUUUUAAACAGCAACGACGGCCUUUUCUGGUCCUGGUUUAUUGAAGAUAUUAAUCUUUUCCAAACCACGGUACGCUACGCCGGUACCAACGAAGUGGCGACCAUCAACAACGGUUCAAUUGCAAAUUUACGUAUCGUAAACGCUAACCGGUCCCCCAACGCUGUUGUUUGGUUCCAGUUGCCUUUUCACAUUUCUGUCUUGGAGGAGAAGCGAAUGGACCGCACCCGUGUGGCGCUCGAAAAGUACGCUCACGCGCGUCCCCGCAGCUGGCACAGUUUUUCCUAUUGUCGUGUUGACGAGGUCCAUGUCGAGUUGGAGAAACUAAUGGUCACCAUAGGCUUUCAGCACCGGACUUCUUGGCAAGACUUGGGUCGAAUUUUGAUGGACAAGGCCGAUCUGAUGUGUUAUGUGUACCAGCUGACAAAAGAUUUGGGCGUUGACUAUGAAGAGCUUCCACAACGUGAUCUAGUAUACUACUCGGGUUUGCUCAAGAGUGGUGGCGUGCGUAACUACCGCAAGGGUCUCGUCAACCCCUUGAACAUUCAAAACUCUGUUGAAGGAGAAGUACCCAUCAGACAAUCAUCAUCGGCUGCAUCUACUCGUACCAACGAUACCGAUUCGGUGAAUCGCGCCUUUCUCGCUAAUCUACGUCUUUAG